GUUAUGGGUGAUUACUUUUUAUGAAUGAAAUUCUUAUCAUAAGAAGUUGCUUGGUCAACCUGGAAUGGCUGAUGAUAAGAAGUUGUAUCUUAUUAAUCUUGGUUUAGGUAUGUUUUUGUUUCAAGCCAGUUACUAUUGCAUUUCCACUAAGUAGAUGGUGUUGCACCAUGAGCAAAAAUGAAUCAGCAACGUUCUCGGCGCUUUCGGGCUGCAAAAGAUGCAGCCGAGGCUGAAGCGGAAGAGGAAAGGCUGAGGAAAGAAUUCAUCGGUGAGGGAACACCUUUGUCUCCCAAAGAUAAGCCCGAGACUUCAGACACAAAUGUCAUUACCCCUGGUUCUAAGUUUAUGGCAGCUCUGUCAGUGGCUCUUCAGUCUUAUGUACAGACUAGAUUGAACCUCAACCCUGCCUGGAAAAAUAUAAAGGUACUACAUAAUUGAAACCACAUCCUAUUAAUUCUUUUGUCACUUGAUCCCUUCAAGAUGAGAUGAUUCCUUUCUUUUGGAGUAAUCCCAUCUAUUUUCUUCUCCCUUAUACAUCUGGCUUUCAGGAAGCUCUUUCUCUAAAUAUUUAUUUAUGGGCUGUAU